UUCAUGAACUUUGUGAAAGGCGGCUUAAAAGUUAGAACCUGCUAUCAAUCAUAUAAAGAAUGCUUGCAUAUACUCGAAAACAGAAACUGGAAAAAUAAUAAGCAUAGGCAACACUACGCUAGUGGUGUGAAAAUGGGCAUAGGAACAUUUAAUUUAAUGAUUUCUCAAUUCCCGACAAGGAUACUACGAUUGUUAGAAUUUAUCGGUUUUUCCGGAAAUAAGAAUAUAGGUCUGAGGGAGCUUAAAGAAAGUUAUGAAGAGACAAACGGCCUUCGAUCUCCUUUAGCUGUGUUAAUUCUUGUCGCUUAUCAUACCGUCAUUUCUUACGUGUUUGGUAUGGGGGAUGGAGAUAUUAAUCAAUCAGAAGAUAUGUUAGAAGAUAUGUUAAUUAGAUAUCCGAAUGGCGCCUUAUUUUUAUUCUUUUAUGGACGAGUGAAACAAAUACAAGGAAAAUUUAAUGAUUCGAUAAGGAUAUACAAGCAAUCCAUCGAUUCUCAAAAACUAUGGAAACAAUUUCACUAUUUAUGUUACUGGGAAAUGAUGUGGUGCUAUUGUUCAAAAUGUGAAUGGGUCGAAGCUUCUAAAUGCACCGAAAUAUUAAGGAAAGAAUGUAGAUGGUCUCCUGCUAUAUAUACUUACGUACAUGCAACGAUAUUGCAUACAAUUGCAGAAGAACAACGAACUACAAUUUCAAAUGAAAUAAUAGAAUUAAUGAGAACAGUUCCUGGGUUAAAACAGAAAGUUGCAGGGAAAUCGUACCCUACAGAAAAAUAUGUGGUUGGAAAGUCGAAUAAAUUUUUCAAUCAAAAUUGUAGGUUGCUUUUGCCAAUGAUGGAAUUAUUAUAUAUAUGGAAUAAUUUUCCAAUGAUAGCAAAAUCUCCUAUCUAUUUGGAUAAAAUUUCUAUUAUUGUAAAAAAAGCACUGUUAACUUUGGAAUCCAACAAAGAUUCACUAGCAGAUAAAGAAGUAGAAGAUUACUGUUUACUCCUUUUGCUGCAUGGUUCAUGUUUAAAACUUUCUGGAAAAUAUAAACUCGCAGAAGAAUGCUUUAAGAAUGUUAUCAAUUUAGAUAAAAAUGUACACGAAGACUUACACAUAGUUGCAUUUGCAGCAACAGAAUUAGGAUUACUCGCAAUGGAACAAGGCUGUUACAAAGAAUCGAAAGAAUAUUUGGAAAGAGCAAUGUAAUUAUCUAAAUUUAACAUAGAAUAUUUGUUAAAUACUUAUUACAAGUGGUAAUCUUUUUUCAGAAAUAAUUAUCACGGAUAUCAAGUCGAAACAAUUGUCCACUUCAGAGUGCACACUGCUCUUCGACAGUUGA